AUGGCUGAUAACUUCCAUACUGAGAAGCUUACCUUCAAUGUCGUGGACUUCGAGAUGGCGUAUAACGUGAUCCUAGAACGCCCAAUGCUAGGUAAGUUUACGGCAGUGGUGCACUAUGCAUAUCAGAUGCUCAAGAUCCUGGGUCCUAAAUGGGUCAUAACUGUCAGGGGAGAUCAGCGUGCAACAGUGAAACGCGACAAGCAGAGCCUAGACAUGGUUGAACACCUCAGUCGAGCGGUAACCACUUCUAAAGGCACGGAUUCCAAAAGUCAGGAGCAUCAAGUCACUGUUGAGAUUAAGGACUCCAAGCUUGUAAGUCUUGCUUCUACUUCCAAGUCCAACGAUGCUGCCAAGGGUGAGACCAGUGACAGUGCCGAUGACAAAAGGACUGAUGGUGGCAUCAAGGCAAUAUCCCUCGACUUGUCUGAACCAGCCAAGAUGGUUAAGGUUGGGGCUAACCUUGACCCUAAAUAG